AUGGAGGCCUCUGAGGUCCCCGUGGGCUCGUUGAUUGACUUUGGGGCCAAGCCCUCUGUCUCCUCGCCGCUGGAGGCGCCCCCGAAGCUGCAGGAUGGGGACAGCUCCCCAGGAGAGGGCGCCUCGGAGAGCGAGACCACGGAGUCGGCAGACAGCGAGAACGACAUGGGCGAGUCGCCUUCUCACCCGUCCUGGGGCCAGUACCGCCGCUCCUCCUCCAACGAGUCCUUCUCCUCCAACCAGAGCGCCGACUCGGCCAAGGACGAGGAACCGCCGGAGCUCCGCGACUUCAUGCGCAGCUACGUGGAGAAGAUCUUCUCUGGAGGGGAGGACUUGGACCAGGAGGAGAAAGCCAAGUUUGGGGAAUACUGCAGCAGUGAGAACGGGAAAGGCCGGGAAUGGUUUGCCCGGUAUGUGAGCGCCCAGCGCUGCAACUCCAAGUGCGUCUCGGAGCCCACCUUCUACCGCCUGGUGCAGUCCUUUGCGGUGGUCCUGUUUGAGUGUCACCAGAUGGACGACUUCGGGCCUGCCAAGAACCUCAUGACCAUGUGCUUCACCUACUACCACAUCGGUAAGCCGCACCUGCUCCCCGCAGAGUCCAAGGAGAAGCCGGCUGGGAGCAUCGACUCCUACCUGAAGUCAGCCAACAGCUGGUUGGCGGAAAAGAAGGACAUUGCCGAACGGCUGCUGAAGAACACGUCGGCCAAGACGGAGAACGUCAAGGGCUUCUUUGGACUGGAGACCAAGCCCAAGGGGCCCCCAGCCAGGAGGAGCGAGGAGGAAGAGGGCAGACCCCAGGAGAAGCCGCGGAAGACGGUGACUGUGUGCAGCCUGGAGGAGGAGAGGAAAGGAGAGAAGAUCUAUCUGUACACACACCUAAAGCAGCAGCCCAUCUGGCACACGCUGAGGUUCUGGAAUGCAGCUUUUUUCGAUGCCGUCCACUGUGAGAGGAGAAAGCGGUCUCCCACGACCAGAGGGGAUGCUGGAGAGGAGGAGAAGAAGAGGGAGAGGUGGUGCCACAUGACCCAGGAGGAGCGGGAUGACAGCCUGCGGUUCAACGAGAACAUUACCUUCGGGCAGCUGGGCACGUUCACGCACAACAUGCUGGCAUUCGGGCUGAACAAGAAGCUGUGCAAUGACUUUCUGAAGAAGCAGGCGGUGAUCGGCAACCUGGAUGAGGAGCAGUACAAGCUACUGAGCGACCACAUCGAGCAGAUGGCCGCCGAGUAG